CCCGAAUCCCAAGCGUCGCCAUUUUGUAAGCUCGGCAGUCGCUACAGAAGCACCGAGUGAGAAGAAAUCCCCUCAUUAAUCAGGCCAGAUUCCCGAGAAAACAAAACCACAAGACUACCCGUUGUCGUCCGAAAGGAAAGGGAAUCUUAUCGUAUGUCCGCUAUCCAGAACCUCCAAACUUUUGACCCCUUUGCUGAUGCAACUAAGGGUGAUGAUCGGCUCCCAGCUGGGACUGAGGACUACAUCCACAUAAGAAUUCAACAGAGGAACGGGCGGAAGACUCUGACCACGGUUCAGGGCAUAGCCGACGACUAUGAUAAAAAGAAGCUAGUCAAGGCCUUCAAGAAGAAAUUUGCCUGCAAUGGGACUGUGAUUGAGCACCCUGAGUAUGGUGAAGUAAUUCAGCUGCAAGGUGAUCAGCGCAAGAACAUUUGCCAGUUUCUCACUGAUAUUGAACUGGCCAAAGAGGAGCAACUCAAAGUCCACGGGUUCUAGAGGCUGAUGUGAACGGACCCCUCCCCGAAUCUUAACCUAACCUCCCCUGUUGUUGUGCUGCUGUUUCCCCCAGCAGACCCCCCCCCCCCCCACUCCACCCUUCUCAAAGGAAAAAAGCAGAAAAUGAUUACCUCUGAUUUGAGACUUUUUAGUAUGGCACCCUUAUUAAAACGACCUGUCCUGUUCAAGCAUGGACACACGACAAGGCAAAUUGUGGGAUAAAUGAUUUCUGUUUCUUGUCCCCUCCUUUAGCCAUUUUUUUUAGUUAAUCUUGUGCUGCUCUGAAGCACAAAUUCCAUGUAAUUUUUUUUUUUCUCUCUUUGUUUUGUACAAGGUGUUUCAAUAAAACCUUCAGAUGCCAUGUUUUGCACAAUCCUUAAGUUGACGGGUGGGAUGUGGGUGGGGCAGUUUAUGUAUUGAUUUCUUGGUUCAUAUUUACAUAGUACCAUAAAGCAUCUGCAAUUUUAGUUCUGAUGUGGGCCAGCCUGCUUCAGGGUUGCAUUGGAGUGCCGCCUGUGCACAAAGCACAGCCACCCCAUCGUGUCUCAUUAUGCUGGUCUUAACUGCCUUUUUUACCUUCGUCUUUCACAAUAUGCAUAAUUUAAAUUUUCUAAACUUGUAAAACCGUAUUUUGGUUUUGGUCUGGAAUAAACAAUUCCCAUACUUCCAA